GGGGUGCGAGAUACUGGCCAAGGCCGAGUGGAUGAACCCGGGGGGCUCCGUGAAAGACCGCGCGGCCAAGUACCUCAUCAUGGACGCCGAGAAGAAGGGGGCUCUCAAGCCGGGAGGCACCGUGGUGGAAGGGACGGCGGGUAACACCGGCAUCGGAUUGGCUCACAUGUGCCGCGCGAAGGGCUACAAGUGUGUGAUUUACAUCCCCGAGACGCAGAGCAAGGAGAAGAUGGACGCCCUGAGGGGUCUCGGGGCAGAGGUAAGGCCGGUGCCGGCCGUGCCGUACAAGGACGAGAUGAACUACAACCAUCAGGCGAAGCGCUGCGCCGAGGAAAUGGAGAACGCUGUGUGGGCCGAUCAGUUCGAUAACCCGGCCAACCAGCUCGCUCACUACGAAACCACCGGGCCGGAAAUUCUGGCACAAACGGGCGGGAAGAUCGACGCCUGGGUGGCGGCUGUCGGCACCGGUGGAACUCUGGCAGGCACGUCGCGGUUCUUGAAGGAAAACGUGCCGGGGAUCAAGUGCUUUGCGGCCGACCCGCCGGGGGCCUCGAUGUUCGCGUACUACACCAAGUUUGUGCUUCGGUCUGCAACGCUUGAUGUGAUAGCCGUACUGGCUCUGCUUCCAAGUUAGAUGCUUGUAAGGUUGAUAUACAUUGAUGGCUAGUGGAGGCAGUUCGCCCGUUAUUUAGCGACGCAGAGCGAUUGAAGUAAUUUUUUGAGCCUGGCGCCGCAAGUGCUUUGAUUUGGUGGCCCCAUGGAACAAUACCGCGCAUCGUCUGUUGUUCUUCUCGCGCUGUAUGGCUUGUUGUUGAUAUGCAUUGAUUGCUGUGUGUUGGCGGGAGACCUUGUUAUGUGUCUGGUUUUCCCCAGUGGAGUGAGGAGGCCGCGCACAGCUUGCCAGAUCUCAUCCCCGUAGUAGAGUAGUCAACCCUCCGUGCUCUCAACCGACGCCCAAAGCUGAGACUUCUAAAGUGACUCACGGCGAUUUUAAGCCAGACCCCCUCACGCCCCCCCUCUCUCGUCGUGUGGAAACAAUGCUCCAUCCUCUCAAGGGCACGAGAUCAAUUGUCCAACCGCUCGAGGCAUGCAAAACAUGAGUAAACCACCUCCCGCUGUUAUUUGUUGUGAUGGACUCCCGAAAAGGGCGAAAUGGAAAGGUCGGAAGGCGGCUCGAUCACGGAAGGGAUCGGGCAAGGAAGAGUGACCGGGAACCUGGCGACGUGCGAAGGGUUGAUCGAUGGGGCUUUCUUGGGGUCGUGCGUCUAGUGUAAGCAAGCGAAAGGUCUUGUCCACCCACGUUGUCUGGCGAUUGUUGCCCGGAAUCAUCUUCAGUUUCCGUGUUUCAACGCAUUUGUAGGGAAUGCUGGAUAUCGAUUCGCUGGGCGGUUAUCACGCGAGGACAACAAUAUUUACAGCAAGAAUGACCACGAUAGCAGAGCUCCAUUUCUCUGCACGGUUGUCUUGCGCGCGCGGGCUGCGUGUUUGACGACGACGUUGGCGACGUUGUUCGUUGACCAGAUCCCCGACGCGGAAACAAUCGCGAUGGUCUAUAACCUCUUGCACUACGAGGGCAUCUUCGUGGGAGCGUCUUCGGCGCUGAACAUGGUUGGGGCGGUCAAGACGGCGGAGGCUGUAGGGGCGGGCAAUACUGUAGGUGAGCAGCGUUCCUUGCAUGAUGAGUGCUGGUAUUUUCGGCUUGUGAUGGGGAAUGGUUUCACACAUAGGACAGAUCAGAUCGUUAUUGAUUGCCAUAGAUCAUUGCGGUCGGUCGGUCGCAGAUCACCCAAACCUAUAGCUAUAGAUCGAUCUGUUUUUGAUUCUUGAUCUAUAGGCACAAAUCGAUCCGAACCUAUCUGCCGCUCUUGAUCUAUAGUCCAUAGAUCAUCUGCGAUAUUUCCGGGUCUUUGAUCUAUAGACACAGAUAGGUCUGUACAUUGUCCGCCGCUCUUGAUCUAUAAUCCGUAGAUCAUUGGUCAUUUUUCCGAUUCUUGAUCUAUAGACGCAGAUAGCUCCGAACAUAUCUGCCGCUCUUGAUCUAUAAUCUAUGGAUCAUCGGUGAUAUUCCCGACUCUUUAUCUGUACACCACAGAUCAUCGGUGAUCUUUGCCGCUCUUUAUCUGUACACCACAGAUCAUCGGUGAUCCCUGCCGCUCUACAUCUGUAGACCACAGACCAUGCGGGUGGUCUUUCGGGCCGUGUGGCACGUGCCAUCUCAGCUUCUCGAGAGAGCUUUCCCACACCUUCCACACACCACACUGCUCCCACACACGCGAGAGGCCACGCGCGCCUAGGAUGGCAGACACGAGUGACGGCAGCCGCCUCGGCUGCAGACCAAGAGGUUAUGCCUGUGGACGGUGAUGAGAGCCCUAGCCCUCGGACGACUCGCCUUGUUCGAUGGUAUAAGACUAUCUGUCGUGAACUUCUAUUGACUUUCGGACCCUUCGGAUCCAUGUUUUCGUGCAUUGUACCUUCGUUGGGUACUUCAGCCCAUGAUAAUCGACGGCGUCAAGUGCUGUCGUGAGGGAAUGACUACAUAGUGCGGACAGAAGAAGUUACUGGGUAGAGAGAACGGAACAGUUCUAUAUUAAUGAGUGAAGACAGCAACACAUAUAUUGGCUCUUCAUCUGUAGGCCACAGGGCCAGAGAUCAUCUGUGGCAGUUUCAAGUGUUGAUCCAUAGAUUCGGAUAUAUGUGUUGAUCCGAAUGUGUUUGUCGCUCUUGAUCUAUAAUUCGUAGAUCAUCCGUGAUAUUUCCGACUCUUGAUCUAUAACCCAUGGAUCAUCUGUGAUCAUCUGUGAUAUUUCCUACUCUUGGAUUUAUAGACACAGAUUGAUCCGAACAUAUGUGCCGCUCUUGAUUUAUAAUCCAUGGAUCAUCUGUAAUAUUCCCGUUCUUGAUCUAUAGACACAGAUAGAUCUGUACAUUGUCUGCUGUACAUGAUCUAUAAUCCAUAGAUCAUCGAUGAUACCUGCGUGCUCCUGAUGUAUACUCCAUAGAUCAUCUGUGAUAGUUCCAACGCUUGAUCUAUGCACCAUAGAUCAUCUAGAUCAUGAUCUAUCCGACGUGUGAAUGGUUUUCCACAGAAUAUGAUUUAGUGUUGUGGGCGCAUAGACGUACCACUUUUCUAGCCGGUGGUGUUCAUGACACAACUGCUGUUGCGGUGCAUUGUUUUCCCGACAAACUGGAUUUGGUUAUGGGAACACAAAUAGUUCGGCCCUACGACCGUUGAAGCCACACUUGCAUUAAUAUGAGAUUAUAAUGAGUGCGUGAUUACCAUCAUGUUGCUAGAGGGCCUGGG